UGUUUCUAAUGUGUCGUCAUCGCAUUGCAUUUAUCUGUUCUGAUUCCGCACUUCCUUAAACCUGGCACAUUUGCUUCGGCACGGAACACUUAAGGCAGCUCAUCAAGUGAGAGCAAACCGAAGAGUUAAGAUGAGCCGAAGCGCUGCGGCCGGUCAAGUUCAGCACGUUUUCAAGGGCACCUUUGCGCACUCCACUAUUGUAGAGCCGCUGCAGAUCUUGGACAAUACGAUUUUAGGAGUAGACAUAAAUGGAAAGAUCGCAUUCAUCGAACAUGGUGACCAAGAAGCGAUCCUUUGUGAAAAAUGGGGCUUUAGCAGUUCAGAUGUGAAAACUCUUCAAGACAAGGACUUUUUCAUUCCCGGCAUGGUUGACACCCAUAUUCAUGCAUCUCAGUAUACCUAUGCUGGAACAGCUCGAGAUUACCCUCUCAUGCAGUGGCUAAAAGUGUACACCUUUCCAACAGAACUUAAAUAUGAAAGCAAAGAGUUUGCUGAAGAUGUCUACACCAAGCUAGUGAAAAGAACCCUGAAACAUGGUACAACUACAGCAUGCUAUUUCGCAACUAUUCAUACAGAUUCAACUUUGUUAUUAGCAGAAAUUGCAGAAAAGCUGGGACAACGAGCAUUAAUUGGAAAGGUCUGCAUGGAUAUAAAUGAUGCAGUAGGAAGUUACAGAGAAGAAACAGAGAAAUGUAUUGAGGAAACAAAAAGGUUUAUUCAAGAAUUUAUUAACAGAAAGUAUACUCUGGUGAAACCAAUCGUAACUCCACGGUUUGCUCCAUGCUGCUCCACUCAGCUGUUGAAUGACCUUGGUCAUAUUGCGAAGGAGAAUGAUCUUCACAUUCAGAGUCAUAUAAGCGAAAACAAGGAUGAGUUAAACAUUGUGAAAAACAUGUUUCCUGAGUGUGGCUGUUACACAGAAGUGUAUGAUAAACACAACCUUCUAACAAGCAAGACUGUGAUGGCUCAUGGAUGUUAUCUUAGUAAUAAAGAACUGGAAAUAUUCUGUUCAAAAGGGUCUGCAGUUUCUCACUGUCCAAAUUCUAAUAUUUCGCUUUGCAGUGGAAUACUCGAUGUACGUAAUGUACUAAACCACAAAGUAAAGAUUGGACUUGGCACAGAUGUUGCAGGAGGUUACUCCACUUCGAUGCUUGAUGCAGUAAGAAAAGCUAUUGAAACAUCAAAAAUUCUUACAAUCCAAAAACCUGGACAUGAAACUCUUUCAUAUAAAGAAGCUUUUCAGCUGGCAACUCUUGGAGGGAGUCAAGCUUUGGCUUUGGAGGACACUAUUGGAAAUUUUGAGGUUGGCAAGGACUUUGAUGCAGUGCUGAUUAGCCCAACUACCACUGACAGUUCCUUUGAUGUAUUUGCUGGCGAUACAAAAGAGGUCAUUUUUGAAAAGUUUAUAAACUUAGGUGAUGACCGCAAUGUGAGAGAAGUAUAUGUUGCAGGGAAGCUGGUCUUUCCCUCAAUGUGUUCUUUAUAGUUCAUUGAUCAUUCUGCAUUAUAGAAAGUUUUAAGAAUUGAAAAGGUGUUGCACCGUAUAUUUUUAAAAAAGGUUUAAUGUCCCUAGUGCAAAUGUUUAAGUCUCAUUUGAUAUUUGUGUCCUCAUCAGGAUACUCUUGUUUGCAAGUGGAUGUCAUGGAGUUUCCUGUCAAAAUUGUAAUUUUACUUUUGUGCUGAUUUUAAGGAAUAAACUUUUUAAUAAAUA